AAAUAAAUAAACACAUUUCUCAAUAUAUUAUGUAUAUAUGUAUCUCCUUUCUUCGUGGAUAUUAUUGUUAUUGUUGAUCAAGGUAAUAUUGGCAAUCUAACAAUAUGUCUGGGGCUAAGUUAGACGUAAUUUGGGCCCCAGUUCAUCACAACAAAUUUAUUGUUUGGAGUUCGGACAUAACCCUAUAUGAAGUUGCUCGCCUCAAAGACAUCGAAAAGAACACAACUUUCUCCCAGAUCUCAUCGACACGAGGAGCGAUAGUAGUUGCUUCCCAAAGUGCCAGUAGCGUUCGUUGCGUGGACAUCAGUGCUAUUCCCGACCAGCCGGAACCUCUGCUCGCCCUCGGACACACCAACGGCCGUGUCAGCCUCACCACUCUCAAACAAACAUAUGACCCUCUGGGUCUGGUUGGGAAAGAAUUUGUGCCGCGGUACCCCAGACUGUGUAACUCAGUGGCGUGGAGUCAUGUGGAGACCAACCUACUUGCUGUAGCUCUUGAGAAGUACCGCAAUGACCACUGCAUCCUGCUGUGGGAUGUUAAUCAGAGUCCGUCCACAUCCAAUGAAGCAAGAGCGGGAGCAGAUGUGCAGAGUCCUCCAGAACAGAAGCCAUUCGCUGAGAUGGGUCUCUCGGAGACGGCACACAACGUGUCGUGGACCGCCAGCACCGACCGCACACUGCUGGCCAGCAUGAACAUGAAGCACAUCAAGAUAUUUGACCUCAGGGAUCUAUCAAAGAAGGAAGUGAGCGUAGCCAGCACUCGCUACUGCUACGGCGCAUGCGCAGACCCCUUCAGCCCGUGGCAGAUAGCGUCCCGUGGGGACAACGUAGUGUGUGUGUGGGACGCGAGGAACCUGGAGCGACCGCUGCUGAGCCUGCCGCAGCCCCGCCCGGUGCUCAAGAUACAGUGGUGCCCCACCAGACGGAACCUCCUGAUGUCCUUGCAAAGAGACUCCAGCUCGAUCAGACUUCACGACAUCCAGCAAGCGAACGAGAGCAAGUUGAACAGUGUGGAUGUGGCGGCGGCAGUGGAGGCAGAACUGGAAGAGUUCUCCCGCGGCCCCAGCGUGCUGGAGCGCGACGUGACGCCCGCGCAGGGCUCGGGCGCCGCCAGCGCUCCGCCGCCGGCCGCCGCGCUGGCCGCCGCUUGCUGCCAUCCGCAGCACGCGGCCCGGCUGCUGGCCCACACCGACACAGGCAACAUGAUAGACUACACGGUGUGCGAGCGAGUGACGGUGGGCUGGGGCGCGGGGGGGCUGGUGUGGAGCUCGGGGGGGGGCGCGCUGCGGCUGAUGCCGGACCACUUCUACGCGGCCGUGCGCGACGUCUCCUACGUCAUGAAGGGCCGCGCGCACUCCGACUACGGCCUCAAGCCGGACCUGUGGCAGAACGCAGACUUGGCGGACGACGAGGCCCUGAGCGCGUUGUGGCACUUCCUGGCGCUCAGCAAGUCGCUCGUCGAGGACGGCUGCAUCCGCAACAGCCCGUGGCGGCACCCGGGCGUGCUGAGCGUGCUGACGGACGGCGGCUACCGCUCCGAGCUGGUGCCCUCGCUGCUGCCCGACCUGCCCAACCGCCGCGUGGCCGUGUACCGCUCCUGCGAGCGCAGCCGCGCGCUGCAGCUGUGCGGCUGGGGCUGGGGCUGGGACAACGCUGUGGCGGGCGUGGAGCGCGCGGAGGCGGAGGGUACGCCGUGCCGCGCGGCUGCGCUGGCUGCCUUCCAUCUGCGCCUGCGCACCGCGCUCGACGUGCUGGCGCGCGCGCGGGAGCCGCAGCUCAGGGUCGUCGCGCUGGCCUUGGCCGGGCUCAGCGAGGAGCGGCUGUGGCGCGAGGCGCUGGCGGCGGCGACGCCGGCGCUGCCGGACGCGUACCUGCGCGCGCUGCUGCACUUCCUGGCCGCGUCCGCGCCGGCCGCGCCGCCGCACGCGCUCCACGCGGCGCCCAAGCUGCACGACGAGCCGCAUCUCAGAGAGGUGCUAGCGGAGACAGAGAUGCGUCUAGAAGACCGCGUCGCGUUCGCGUGCAUUUUCCUCUCGGACUCGGCGCUGCACGAGUACGUGAAGACCACCAGCGCGGCGCUGGUGCAGCAAGGGGACUUGUCCGGGAUGCUGCUCACUGGCGCCAGCACUGAGGGCGUGGCUUUGCUGCAACGGUGGCUCGAAAACACUGGCGACGUGCAGUCGUGUGCGCUGAUAGCAGCCCGGUGCUUCACUGUGGAGCUGCUGAGAGAAGCUAGUGUACAGAAUUGGCUCGACAGCUACCGCUGCGUGCUGGACAGCUGGCGGCUGUGGUGGGCGCGCUGUGCGCUGGACACGCUGGUGGCGGCGGCGGAGGGUGCGGCGGCGGGUGGGGGUGCGCGGCUGGUGUGCGCCGCCUGCUCCUACUGCGGCAAGGCCGUGGCGGCGCCGCACCACCGGCCGCGCCCGCAGCCGCGGCUGCCGCCCCCCGCCGCCAAGAUGAAGCAGAUGUCGUCGUGCCCGCACUGCCGCAAGCCGCUGCCGCGCUGCGGCGUGUGCACACUGCACCUGGGCACGGCGUCGGGCGCCGCGGCCUUCCCGGCCUGGUUCAGCUGGUGCGUGGGCUGUCGCCACGGCGGCCACGCGCAUCAUCUGCUGCAGUGGUUCCAAGACCACGCGGAGUGCCCGGUGAGCUCGUGCGGCUGUCGCUGCGCCGCGCUGGACGCGCCCGCCCGUCUCUAGGCUCUACGGUCACAUGGAACAUGGAAGUAACACUACGCAAAUACGCACAUUAGCCAUCAUUAUACGUUUUUCAUUAUUUUUUUUAGCGAAUCUAAAACAAAUAUCUAUUCAAAUUAUGCCACUUAUAUUUAGAGCCAUUAUGCCCACUGCUGGGCAAAGGCUUCCUUUUUCUCCGGUCUAUUGUUAGUGUUCCAGUUUUUGAGAUAAUGUACUAUUAUAUCUCUCUCACAACCUGGAGCAUUUAUUGUAAUAGUCAAAUCGUUUACAAUUUUAGAAUUUAAAAGUGAAUUAUUUUUAUACCUAGUCUGUAUUUCAAUGUAAGAGAGAAUUUUUAUUUUUGUAUGUUACGUACUGAUUACUUUAUAUAAGCUCGUUUAUAAGACUAACUUGUAAAUAAAUAUGAAGACAAAAGACUAGAUUAUGGGUUCCGUAAAUGUUUAAAAAUGAAUAAAUGAAUCGUAAAAAAUA